GGCGUUUCGGCACCAUUCUCCGGGAGAGUAGACGCGACAUUUGCCGCAAGUAAUGUUAGAAAGGAGUGGAGUAAAUGAGAACGAAAACUCUUAUUUCGUGUGGAUUAUUUCUGGAAAAACAAAGCCCUACCAAAACGGAAACUAGUACAACAUUCGAAACAACAUACAAAGAUUGGAAUAAUACGGUCGCUGUCUACAGGACUAAACCCAUGAUGUACCGCGCCUGCUCUGCAGCCCCACCAACAUCCAGUCUGUAGAGGAAGCGGCUGCACCAGCAUGUCCUCCCACCCCCAGUCCGUGCCUCAGGGCCGGAGGGCUGUGGACAUCCGCCACCUGCCAAACCCUGCCAGUCUACCGCUGCAGCUGGCACGGGCACACACGGAUGUGGGACUGGUGGACUACCACCCUCACUCUCGGGACUACAGCUCACACCUGGCUCAGCCCCACCGCCGCCGGCCCUCUCUGCUGUCCGAGUUCCAGCCAGGGAAUGAGAGAGGUCAGGAGCAACACAUCCGCUAUGAGCACAUCUACUUACCUGAGCCCAACAACCAAUCAGAGGUGGAGUAUGUUGAGAUAAAGCGUCCCCGCCUGGACCUUGGGGCGGAGUCUCUCAUGAGGCUUUCAGCCCACCGCCCACAACUUCCUCUGGGAGGGGCUGAGGACAUGUCAAAGGACCGGGGAAGCUCCAUGGGCAAGCUGGAGCCCAUCUCCCCCGUCAGCCCGGCCCAGAUGGACCACGAUCUGGACCUGGUGCCAGCCCGCUUCUCCAAGGAGGAGCUCAUCCAGAACAUGGACCGUGUUGACCGGGAGAUCACCAUGGUGGAGCAGCAGAUUUGCAAGCUUCGCAAGAAACAGCAACAGCUGGAGGAGGAGGCAGCGAAGCCCCAGGAGCCGGAGCGGUCUAUGAUCUCCCCCCCGCCCAGCGAGGCCAAGCACCGCAGCCUGGUGCAGAUCAUCUAUGACGAGAACAGGAAAAAGGCAGAGGAAGCGCACAGGAUUCUGGAAGGACUGGGACCCCGAGUAGAACUGCCUCUGUACAACCAGCCAUCUGACACCAAGCAGUACCAUGACAACAUCAAAAUAAACCAGGCGAUGAGGAAGAAACUCAUUCUUUACUUCAAGAGGAGAAAUCAUGCUCGUAAGCAGUGGGAACAGAAGUUCUGCCAGCGCUAUGACCAUCUGAUGGAGGCCUGGGAGAAGAAGGUGGAGCGCAUUGAAAACAACCCCCGGCGCCGGGCUAAGGAGAGCAAGGUGCGAGAGUACUACGAGAAACAGUUCCCUGAGAUCCGCAAGCAGAGAGAGCUGCAGGAGCGCAUGCAGAGCCGGGUGGGGCAGCGUGGAGGAGGACUGGCCUCAUCUGCAGCCCGCAGUGAACACGAGGUCUCUGAGAUCGUUGACGGCAUAUCAGAGCAAGAGAACACCGAGAAGCAAAUGCGCCAGCUUGCGGUCAUCCCUCCCAUGUUGUUUGACGCCGAGCAGCAGCGCAUCAAGUUCAUCAACAUGAACGGCCUGAUGGACGACCCCAUGAAGGUGUACAAGGACCGGCAGGUCAUGAACAUGUGGAGCGAACAGGAGAAGGACACCUUCCGCGAGAAGUUCAUCCAGCACCCAAAAAACUUUGGCCUGAUUGCUUCUUUCCUGGAGAGAAAGACGGUGGCAGAAUGUGUCCUCUUCUACUACCUGACCAAAAAGAACGAGAACUACAAGAACAUUGUGCGCAGGAACUACCGGCGCCGUGGCAGGAGCCAGCAACAACAGCAACAACAACAACAAGUGAACCGCAGCAGCCAGGAGGACAAGGAGGAGAAGGAGAAAGAGAAGGAGGGAGAGAGGGAGGAGGAGAAGACUGAGGGGGAAGAAAAGGAGGAUGUAAUGAAGGACGACACCUCUGGUGAGGACGGGGAAGACAAAGAGCCCACGGUGGCCUUAAAGGGUCGACGCACGGCUAACAGCCAGGGCCGGCGCAAGGGCCGCAUCACCCGCUCCAUGACCAGCGAGGUGGAGGAGACCGCCACGCCGCCGCUCAGCGGUGAACUCGCCAAUCUGGAGAUGAAUGAGAGCUCUCGCUGGACUGAGGAGGAGAUGGAAACCGCCAAAAAAGGUCUUCUCCAGUAUGGUAGGAAUUGGUCGGCCAUCGCCAAGAUGGUGGGCUCCAAAACUGUGUCCCAGUGCAAGAAUUUCUACUUCAACUAUAAGAAGAGGCAGAAACUCGACGAGAUUCUGCAACAGCAUAAAAUGAAAUCGGAGAGAGAGCGUAAGGCGCGGCGUAAAGGCAAAGCUCUACAAAGUGAAGAGGCCAGCGCCCCGUCUGCUGCCGAGGAGGAGGAGAUGGAGGGCUCCGGGGCCAGCGGCAACGAGGAGGAGGCCCCCGAGGAUGGAGAAGGUGGUGCUAACAACAGCUCUGACACAGAGAGCCUGCCCUCUCCGCGUUCCUCUGAGGACAGCAAGGCCAAAGAGGAGGGUAAUGGCAGGGCCAAAGCUGGCUCAAACUCUGGGGACAAGGAGGCCUCAGGUUCCCACAUGGGCCAGGGAGGAGAUGAGAAACCCCCAGGAGAAGUGGGGAAGGCCAUCAAGCAGGAGGUGAAGACAGAGGAGGAGGGCAGCAAGGAGCAGCCAAGCGAAUCCACAGACCGAGACAUGAAGCCCCCCACUGCAGAUGCAGAGGAGAGCAAGAGCUCAUCCAAGAGCUCCAAGAGGGACCAUGGGCCCAAGACGGGCUCCCACGCAGACAGUGACUCUAGUGCCACCUGCAGCGCUGACGAGUUGGAGGAGUUGGACAGUACAGAGAAGAACAGGAUGACGUCUCCCAGCCGUCCCAGCCUGCUGAACUAUGCCCAUGAUGGGGUCAUCUCCUCCCCCCUGCAGAAGCCCAUGGACCUGAAGCAGCUCAAACAGAGGGCUGCUGCCAUCCCCCCUAUUAUGCCCCAGAUGCCGGAUGGUGGACCUCGGGGCGGGUGUAGUAAGGCUGAGCUGCCCCCUCAUGCCCUGGCUCUCUACCAGCAGCAGAUCAGCAUGGCUCAUGGAGAGUCCUCCCAGGAGGCCAAGCAGCAUGCAGGUCAGCCCAGCAAACAGCACCCCUACCCAGCGCAGGGAGACCCCCAUAACAUCAGCAGCCCCCGCGUCCACCCACGUAGCCCCUCCGCCAGCGACAAAGACGAGCUGGAAGGCAACGAGAGGUGGCUGCAGACUCUACUUCACGGAUUACAUAAGUCCCGGGCCUUCUCUCCUCAUGGUGACCCUAAGAAGCAGGCGGUGGGGCCAGAGGACCUGAGGGCCACUACACUGGGCCGGCCCGUCAUGUCCCCCUACCCAAUGUCCCAUCGAGACAUGGCCAAGCUCAGCCACGACCAGCACCUACUCCAUUACAACUCCUCUUUCCAGCAGGCUGGCCACUCUGGGCCCCCUGGUCUGCAGCAGGAUGGUGCCAGAUUGGCAGCGGUGCUCCCCCUCCAUAUGCCAGAGCCACCCCCUCUCAUCUCCUCCAACAAGCCAGGGGGGUCUAUCACACAGGGCACCCCAGUGCAGCUGCAUAGCCCGGCUCACGGGAUGGACCAUGGGAAGAUGACCCCUGCACAGAUGGGUUUGUCCUGGAUGGAUCAGAGGAAAGUGGGUCCAUACCCGGUGGUGAAGCAGGAGCAGCUGUCUCCACGGUGCCCGUCAUCCCUGGCAGAGAACCUGUCCACGCAGGGGAUGCCCCAUGACGCCAACGCUGGACGUGGGUCUUUGCCAGCAGUGCAGGGGGGCAGCAUCACAAAGGGCAUCCCAGGGACCAGAGUGCACCAGGACUCCCCCAUCUCCUACCGGGGAGGCUCCAUCACCCAGGGCACCCCGGCAGACAUGCUGUACAAGGGGACCAUAACCCGUCUGAUCACAGAGGACAGCCCCAGCAGAGCAGAGAGGGAGCGGGAUGAGCUCCUGUCCAAAGGACACGUGGUCUACGAGGGCAUCAGUGGACACAUCCUCACCUAUGACCGCCCACCCUCUCAGAACCCUAAAGAUGACGGCCGGGGCCAGCCUGGGGAGAUCUUGGGGCUGAAACGCCCCUAUGAUGUCAGGGGGUUUCCCAUGAGGGAGACACUGUCUUCAGCUAACUGUGAGGGUCUGAUAGGCAGAGCCAUAUCUCACGAGAGAGACAACCCACACCCAACCCACCACAUCCGUGGUUCCAUUUCACAGGGUAUCCCCCGUCACCUGGACAUCCAGGAUGGCUACAUGAGGCGGGAGGCCAAGCAGAUGAAGAGAGAGGGCUCCCCGUCCCGAGGAACUGGCCAGAUGGCUGAACCCAUGAAGGGUCGAGAGGCCAUUGUGCCCACAGUGAAGGAGGGGGGCCGAUCCAUCCACCUCAUCCCCAGAGAGGAGCUCCGACUGAUGCCCGAAGGCAUGAUGAUGCCCAAGGCUGGCAAAGAGGGCAUCAUAGCACAGGGCACUCCUAUGAAGCAGGAGCAGGGUAGCUCAAGGAAGGGGCACGACGUUCGUUCCAUAAUCGCCAGCUCCCCACGCUCCCACUACGGCAUGCCCUCCCACCUGGAGAUGCGGGGACCCGAGCAGCGGGGCCGCUACGAGGAGGGUCCUAAGGGCCGUCCCAGCACUGUGGUCAACACGGCCAGCUCCAUGGCUCGAUCCUCGCCCCUGGCAAUGGGGGGUGAGCAGGGUGGCAAGGCUCACCACAGCCCUGUGGGCUACGAGGAACACAAGGGCGGCAUAAGGGCUCCCUACCCUGGACCUUCUCACCGAGGAUCCCCCCUGUCAGGCCAGCGGCAGCAUGAAGGCUCCAAUAAGAACCAGCCUCAGGAGCGCAAGGCCACACCCACCCCUCGGGAGAUGAGCUCCGGCAAGUCACCCCUGCCGAGCGUUGCCGAGCAGCAGGCCCAACAACAACAGGCGUCCCUGGUGUCGUACGAGCGUCUGCUGCAGGGUCUGGGGGCCGACGUGUACCGAGGACAGAUCCCCCUAUCCUUCGAUCCUGCCUCCCUGCGUCAGGGCAUCCCCAUCGACCCAGCCUACUACCUGCCUCGCCACCUGGCCCCUAACCCUGGCUACCCUCACCCCUACCCCUACCUGAUCCGGGGCUUCCCCGACACGGCAGCCCUGGAGAACCGCCAGACGCUGCUCAACGACUACAUCACCUCCCAGCAGAUGCACCAGUGGCCUGCAGCCGCCGCUAUGGCUGCCCAGCGCUCAGACCUGCUGAGGGGGCUCUCGCCACGGGACCAGCCUCUCCAAAUGCCCUACUCUGCUGCCCCACGCGGGUCUUCCGGCUCCCCCAUGGACCGCAUCACUUACAUCCCCGGGGGCCAGGGAGGUUUCCCCAGCCGGCCUUACAACACCUCCCCCAUCUCACCAGUUGGGCCCCAACACAUGAGCAAGCAGCACGGCACACCAUCUGCUGACCGCGAACGAGAGAGGGACCGCGAGAGGGACCGCGAGAGAGAGAGGGACCGCGAGAGAGAGAGGGACCGCGAGAGAGAGAGAGACCGCGAGAGAGACAGGGAGCAGGAGAGAGAGCGGGAUCGUGAGAGACAGCGAGACAGAGAGCGGGAGAGAGAGCGGGACCGGGACAGAGAGAAGGGGUUCUCUCAUGGCAACGUGGAACAUGCCCCCAUCUGGAGACCAGGCACAGAGCACAGCUCCGGUGGUAGCAACAGUGUCAGGCCCUCCUCCCACUCCGGCUACAGCCACCAGCACUCCCCGGUGUCCCCUCGUACCCAGGACAGUGUCCAGCAGAGGCCCAGCGUCCUGCACAACACUGGGGGCAAGAGUCUGCCUGUCAGUGACCACAACAACCCUUCUGUGCUAAGGUCCAUGCCAGGCUCCAAUCGCUACCCAGGCUACAGCCACCUCCAGAGGACCGGGAUGCCUACUGAUGGCUACCCACCAAGCAUGGACCCCAAGGAAAUGGGCCGGGAUGGUGGCAAGAGCAGGGGAGGCCUUCCUAAACACUCCCAAGACCAACAUGGGCCCUCUAUAUCCUCCAGCAAAUCUGACCCCAAGCUGGCCAGCCCUAACCAAGGGGGUUACCCCGUGCCUUACCCCCAGGGCUCUGCAGCCUCUCACCACUCAGGCCGGCCCCCACCUCACCUGCUGCCCCCCCAGUCGGAUAGCCAUGUUGGCCGCGGAGAAAGUGGCACGCCUAGUAGGGAAAAGACUCAAAACAAACCGAUGUCCGUUCAGGAACAAGAGCUCCGAUCACUCGGUAAGACCACCAUGACUGCGGCCAACUUCAUAAACGCGAUUAUCAUGCGUCAAAUUUCUUGUGAAACGGGGAUGCCAGAGACGGGCUCGCUCGUGGCCAACAGCGCCAGUGAUGGUAAGACGCUCUGGAUCCCAGGGUCCCCUCAUCACCCAGACCCUCCCCCCGUUCGUCUGUGGCAUAUUGCACGCUGUGGUGGUUGGCAUUAUCAAAUCAGUCCAAUUCAUUUUUACAUGUUUUCGUUUUUUCCCCCAACACUAUACUAUUUUAACAUUUUUUCCAUUGUGUGUGUGUGUGUGUGUGUGUGUGUGUGUGUGUGUGUGUGCGCACUCGCUCUCGCGCGCUCUGUAUGGCUCCACCCCUGUGUGCAAUCUGUGUGUGUUGGGCUGUGUCCUGGACACUCAGCUCAACAGAAGAUGAUGCCCAUGGAGCAGCACGGUCCGUACCGUUCUCCCUCCGAGGAGAGGCUGUCCCCAGGCCAGCAAUCCCCCCUGACGAAAGGCAGCCAGAGGGUGGUCACCCUGGCGCAGCACAUCAGCGAGGUGAUCACCAAGGACUAUACCCGGCAGAGCCAACAGGCCCAGCAGCAGUCCUACCACAGCAACCCAGUCCUGGACCUGACCCGGCCCCUUAGCGCCCCCCAUGCCCUGCCUGCCUCCCAGGAGUCUAGCCAGGGACCUCGCUACACUCCAGAGGGGACAGGAGGGGAACGUACCCGAGAUGGGUCUCCUCAGCCCAAGGCAUCACCUGUCAGUAUGUCUGCAGACGGCAUUGAGCCAGUGUCCCCUGCAGGAGCCAUGUCUGAACCAGAGACACAAGGGGCCUCCUACCCCAACGAGCAGGGCAUGGGCUCUCGCUCCCCUCCCAGCACCUCCCAGCCCCCAGCCUUCUUCAGCAAGCUCACUGAGAGCACCUCGGCCAUUGUCAAGUCCAAGAAACAGGAGAUGAUCAAGAAGAUGACCGUGGUCGGCAGUGACGCUGAUUUCAAUGCUGGCCAGCCAGGAACAGAGAUUUUCAACAUGCCUGCCUCUACCACUGCAGGACCUGCAAGUAUCCGCAGCCACCCGGCUCCUGAGGCAUCCGGUAACACCAUAGGCCUGGAAGCCAUUAUCAGAAAGGCCCUGAUGGGCAAGUAUGAUGACCAGGCCGAGGAGCGCCCUCCCUCCUCCAAUGCUAUUAACUCCAUGGCUGCCAGUGUGCAUGACGCUAAUCCUCUCGCUGACGGACGGACCGAGGACUCUUACUCACAACAAGGUGGGGGGAAGCCAAAGGGUAGCGGGCGCUCUAACGGGCGGAAGGCCAAAUCCCCCGGGCCGGGCCUGUCAGGGGGGGAGAGACCCUCCUCUGUCCACUCUGAGGGGGAUACCAACCGCCGCACGCCCCUCAUCAACCGUGUCUGGGAGGACCGGCCCUCCUCCACAGGCCCCACUCCCUUCCCAUGUAACCCCCUGACCAUGCGUUUCCCCGGUGGCAUGCCGGUGUCAGCGCCCUCCCCCUCCUCUGGCCAGCUAGGGGCCCAGGGUCUGGGGCAGGGGCGGGCCUGGGAGGAGGAACCUAAGCCCCUGUUGUGUUCUCAGUACGAGACCCUGUCUGACAGCGAGUGAGAGACCCUGCCAUGGAACAGAACAGCACCCGCCAACUAUCAACCACCUCCAAUGCUGCUGCAGACACACACACACUCUCCACCCCACUCUACACUCUCCACCCCACUCUACACUCUCCACCCAGGAAAGGAGUGACCUCUUAGCCUCCCAUCUCACACUGCUGACUGAGCAUCUCAAGCGUUGAUGGUGGUGUGCUGAAACACUGCUGCUCAGUGAGUGUGUUGGUGUUUCUGUGUAUACACUCACUCCAGGACUACUCUAAAGGACAAAUCACUUGUUUUUUUUACUUGCUUUCCCUCCCUCUUGCUGGCCUUAUCAAUACGGACACAUCAAUUCACUCACUUUUUUGUGUACGUUUCUAGUGUCUUCUACGGAUUGUGGAUGGGACUUGAUACGGCCACAUAGUCUGAUGCUCAUGUGUUUUAAUCUGACCUGUUGAUGGAUUCACUGGCCCUGGACAAGGAUGGAUGUGUCCUCUGUUGUACAGGAAUCCUGCUCUACUCUUCAAGAGAAGCCUGCUGCCUCCAUUGACCAUCUCGAUCUCUCAUUCUUUCUGCCAAUGAUCCCAUGGACACGGAGUUAACCACACAGAGCUCUGCAUGGAGAGGUCUGCUAGGGAAGUGACCCAUGUCACUGUGCAGAGGGACAGGCAGGUAGCCAGGCAUAUGGCAUCCAUAGUGUAGUAGAGUACAGUACAUGACAGUGGACACUGUGCAGACGGCCGGUGCAUUUAUACCACUAUCAGAUGAUGGACAGGAGGGAAAAAAACACAUUGUUUUUGUGUGUUUGUUAUUUAGUUUUCUCCUUUUUAAAUCAAGUCAGUCCAGUCUUGUGUUUGAAAGUGAGCUGAGACCGUUAGUAAUUUUGAUGGUGAAUUUUGAUGGUGUCAGUUAUUGUUUCUUAUUUGCAACGAUGUAUCUUGGGGGGUACGUGGGAGGGUUAUAUCAUUGGUUAACAGGGUAUACAUGCUGUCCAUUGCUGAUGAUGUCAUCAUACAUUUUAAAUGUUAUUGGAGAACGGUGGCGGCGUAUGUUCUCCAGGCAUCCAAUAGAGAGUGGACUGUGAGUGUGAUGGAUGGCACUAAGAGACAAGUGACACUUUCUCACUCUUUGUAUAUGAAUCAUGUCUAUGUGUUUGUUGAGACUGUUUUUGGAUGUUAAGCACUUAGUUGUCAAUCUGUUCACAAUGGCAUUUUUAAGAAUGUGUGUUUCGGGCAGGCGAGAAUGGACUCAAGAAGAGUGUAGAAUCCUACUAAUAGAAGCGUCCUCCUCCUUUAACAUCUGUUUCUUUUGGUCUUGCCACAUACAUGAUUUAGUGUUCCCGCACUCAAGCGACAAUCACAGCUAGUGAAAUAUUACCUAGUCCGCUUAGUGCGGCUAGAGACCAACCUUAAAGCUGCUUUAGGGCAAAUUUCCCGGCAUUAGAGUUGGAAUGUGCUUGCAUUAAAGAGGUGACAAAUAAAAGCCAUCUAUGUUUCUAUGCCCCUUGGACCAUGGUGGUGCCGGCUGUGGCUGUAGUGUGAGCCCCGGCUGGCCAGCUGGAAGUCCGUCUCUAGGAUGGAAUGCCUAUUGUCUCUAGGAGCUGCCUGUUGUGACGGUCUGACCUCUGAACUUUUACUGUCUAGAGGAAGAGGAGCUCUGCCUCACCAGGCCAGACGCACAUUUUUAUCUAGACCGAUUUUGUACAGUUCUAAGAUUCAUAGUGUUAAGUGCCAUUCAUUUUACAUAUACAGUAGUAGUUACCAAGUGACACGCACAUUUUUUUAAAUAUUUUUUUUCUACAUGCCAGGGUUAUAAGUGUUUAUGCAGGGAAAUUUUGAAACCAAGAGCAGAUGAAAUGUCCUUCUUUUGAUGUCUUUUUUUUUGUCCAAAUCUGUCACAGCCUUAGCGCUUAACUUACACAUGAUUUACAAUGGGAGCUGCUAACUUACUGUUGUGAAUGUUAAGAAAUGAAAAGCAGUGUAUUCUGUCUGAGGAUUGUAGAACUUGCUGCUGUCACAUCAGGUUACCAUGACAAUGGGCAACGACAUGGUCAAAGUUGAAUGUCCUCUUGCUCUUUGCAGGCUAAGCAAUAGCCAUAUAAAAGGUGAAUGCCAAGAAGAAAGAUGUAAAAAGGGUGCUGUUUGAAAGGCAAUCAUAUAAACAUUGCCCAAUUUGUUUUUUCAGGCAACAUACCCUCAGUCCUUAGUGAAAGGUAUUAUAUUCUGGCAUGGUCRUGAUUCAAAGGAGGUUUAAACAGUCCAAAAGUUACUGUUACAUUUGUGUGAUUAAGUUUUUGUCCAUUUUAAUGUUGUUGUCCCUGGCUUGUAUUGAGUGUGAUGGUGUCCAUGGCUUGUAUUGACUGUUGAAGCCAGAGAAGCACAGCUGUUCUCAGUGUGACUUGUUUAGAGGGACUGCACUGCAGUGUGUUAUCCUGUCCACUAGUUAAGAGGGAGUUGAGUUAGUCAUAAUGGAGACGUGUUAGUAAUGAACGUGGAACAGUUGGACAGCUUUCACUCUCCUUCCUCUUCACUGGAUUACAUAAAGUUUCUACUCUGGCUACCUAUUAUACUGGUCAUGGUUUAGAUCUAAUCAGUCAAGGUGCAGCUAAAUGAAAAGUUUGUAACUGGACCCAACCAACUACAAGGUAACCCCAGCUUUGUAUUAUAAGAUAGUUUGUGUCUUCACUUGUAUAUCAAUUGACUAUUCAUGAAGUCAUUGGGAGAGAGCAAAGUGACAGUAAAGUUUGACGUGACAACAAGACAAAACCAUAUCCAGAUGUGUUGGCUAAAUAAAUAGCAGAGGAAACGAGAAUAAUCAGUUGUUUUAAAUGUACUGAUGUGUAUUUGAAUGAUUUCUGCUUUUCACUCGUUUCUGUUUGUUCUUACACCGCUUGCUUUGAUUAUGGUCAUGACACUCUCCAUGCUAAUAGUUAGCAUUUCAUUUGUGAUGAAAGGAAUGAUUCAAAACGAACGAAAAACAAAUUAAUCGAAGGGCCGAUGCGAUCCCUGUAUUGUCCACAGGUGGUGGGGGGGGGGGGGGGGGGGUAGCCUUGACAUUGAACAAUCGUAUUGUGCGUAAUGAUUUGUUUUUUUAAAUGAUUACAACCCACUGUAUAAUAGCCAGGAUUGUAUAUAGAACUGAAGAGAUGUAAAUAUUUCUGUGGCUUGCUGCAAGGUUGGUAUUUACAGAACAACUAUUCACACUGUUUAAUUCUACAUGCCCACCAGCAAGCUUUGUGGAUAGCAGUGUAACAAAAACACUGCCUUAAUGUUUAAAUAAAAAUCUUAUUGCCAUUGAAA